AUUACCCAACCAGUAGUAAUUCUUUGACACAAUAUCCAAGAUAAACAGGAACAGCCACAAUGUCGAGCUUAGCAGAUAAUGGAAUGGUCGCUCUUCGGGAGGUUCCUGGUAGAGGCAAAGGACUCAUUGCCACCCAUAAGAUCCUCAAGGGCACUCGUGUUCUCUCCGAAGAGCCCAUUAUCAGAAUUCCUGAAGAUGCGACAGACAGUCCGGCCCUACGAGCAUCCCUACGCAGGCAAGUUGAUGAACUUACUUCGGACCAACGGCGAGCCUUCCUAUCUAUGUGCAACAUUUAUCCCGGCGAAGCUGAUUCGCAAUACCUUGGAAUCUUUCGAACAAACGCUCUUCCCAUUGAUAGCGGAGGUGGCAUCUUUCUCGCAGCGUGCCGCAUCAACCACGCCUGCGACAACAACGCACAGAAAGCCUGGAAUGAGGGCAUCAAACGGCACACGGUCCAUGCUUUGCGAGAUAUUGACAAAGGUGAAGAGAUCACCAUCACCUACGUCGGUAUCUUGAACAAUCGCAGAACCCGUCAAGAAGCCCUUCGAAAGAAGUUCAAGUUUACCUGCUCAUGUAGCCUUUGUUCAUUGCCACCACAUCUGAGCGCCGAAAGCGACAGACGGCUCGAUGAGAUCCUGAGGCUAGAUGCCCGUAUUGGUAGAGAUGGUCUCGUGGGAAUUUUGUCGGACCCAAAGCGAGUACUUGGAUACGUGGAUCAACAAGUCCGACUAUACAAUGAACAAACCCUGGACGAUGUCGGCUUGCCCAGGGCUUUCUUUGAUGCUGCACAGAUUACUGUCGCCCACGGAGACUUAGCCAGGGCACGCGUUUUUACUGAACGGGCGGCGGCUGGAUGGCUUGUCCUGGAAGGUGACGAUAGCCCCAGAGUGCUUAACGCCAAGAAACUUGCUCAAGACCCUUCAAGCCACGAUACAUAUGGGAACUCAACGGCUUGGAGGACUGCCGUGGAUGAUGUCCCCCAGGGACUUGACUCAAACGAGUUUGAAAACUGGAUAUGGAAGAGGGAGAAGGAAAACGAACUCGAGCAACUGGGAAUUCUCCGCAACCAAGUGAUAUUUCCGAGUUUUCUUCUACUGCCUGACGAGACAGAUGUUGAUGACGACUUCUUCAAAAGCAGAGAUGGGGUCAACUAUCGGCCCUGGCGACAUUGGUGCUUUUUGGCAGAAAUCGUCGACUUUGCAACAAUCGUUCGUCUACAUAUGGAAGUUAGGGACGUGGCUGGUAUGAUAAUCCCGCUUUUCUUCUAUACAGACAGGCGCGGCAGCGAAAUAGACCUGUCACAGCUUUGCAAGGGGUAUACUAUUGCAGUUCUCUAUGCACAACAGCAUGCAUUCGCCUUUUCGGAACCAGGAAUCCGUCACGAAGACCCCACAUUUUUCAAGAUAUUCCCACUGUCAUUAGACAACUUGCUGGCGCUGAGCGACCGAGUCCAGAGGUUUUCUAUGGAAGCGAAUGGCAUGAGAUUAUGUCACGGGUGCGAGAAACAGGCUACAUCUUUGAAGAGGUGUGCGAAGUGCUCGCUGUUCUGGUACUGUAACGGGGUCUGUCAGAAGGCAGGCUGGAGUGAGAAAGACCACAAAAUUGACUGCAAGCUUCUUUGCAAUGGCGAUCUGAAGGGACUCCUCUCGCUCAACUGGGAUGACUUUCAAGAUUUCGCCAGGUUCCCUUUGGCUCGUUCAGUUCACUAAUAGCGUCCAAAGGUAGAUAUGUUGACUUUUACAUAAUCAUUGUUCUACUUCAGUAUAUUAGCUGGCAACACGACCUAAUAAUAUGUGUCUCAAGCCCAUGGAAGAUAUAAACAUAUUGAAGUUUAAAAU